CCACCACCACCAGCAGCACCACCACCAGCAGCAGCAGCACCACCACCAGCAGCAGCACCACCACCACCAGCAGCAGCAGCACCACCACCACCAGCAGCAGCAGCACCACCACCACCACCAGCAGCAGCACCACCACCACCAGCAGCAGCACCACCACCACCAGCAGCAGCAGCACCACCACCACCAGCAGCACCACCACCACCACCAGCAGCAGCACCACCACCACCAGCAGCAGCAGCACCACCACCACCACCACCAGCAGCAGCACCACCACCACCAGCAGCAGCACCACCACCACCAGCAGCAGCAGCACCACCACCACCAGCAGCACCACCACCACCAGCAGCACCACCACCACCAGCAGCAGCACCACCACCACCAGCAGCAGCAGCACCACCACCACCACCAGCAGCAGCACCACCACCACCAGCAGCAGCAGCACCACCACCACCACCACCAGCAGCACCACCACCAGCAGCAGCAGCACCACCACCACCAGCAGCACCACCACCACCACCAGCAGCACCACCACCACCACCACCAGCAGCAGCACCACCACCAGCAGCAGCACCACCACCACCACCACCAGCAGCAGCACCACCACCACCACCAGCAGCAGCAGCACCACCACCACCAGCAGCAGCAGCACCACCACCACCACCAGCACCACCACCACCACCACCACCAGCAGCAGCACCACCACCACCACCAGCACCAGCA